AUGAAUGAAAGUAGGGUAUACAAAGUUCAGUUAGCAGUAGCAGGUGAUGAGGAGAUACCUGAAGAUGUAGUCAAUGUGCAGGAUCCGAAUGAAGAUGAUGAGGAGCUCUCUCUUCAGUAUAUCCCUCUCUCUCUUUCCCUCAGUGAUGGAUUACAAGAAAACACUGUUGCACUGUUUUGUACAUUUGAUGCAAAAGUAACUAAUUCAUUUCAAACUCCAGCACUAGAUGAACAAAAUGAUAAAAUUUAUCAGGAGGUGGAAAACUUUCUUCACUCUUUACUGCCACAAGAGGAAGACAGAAACAGUAGUAAAAGGAUUCCUGAUUCUAUAUAUUGGAAAGAAACCUCUAGCCGAGAUAUGUACACUCCAGAUUUUGACAGUGACAGUGAUAAUUUACAAAGCAUGGGGUCUUCAUGUAGUUCUGCAUCUGGUUCAUUUGAGUGCUUGAAUUUGAAAGAUUUAGAACCGUCAGCUCCAGUUGUGGCUCAAAAACUUUUAAACAAAGAGGAAACAGAAAAAAAUGCUUCUAGACAGUGGGAUUCUGAAGAAUCUGAGGAGGAUAUUGAUAUCUCUCAAAGACAUCUUAAUUCAGAUGAAAUGGAGAAUUUUAUGAGAAUAAUGUCUCCCACAUUUGAAAACCCCCAAGAAAAUGAUAAUAGUAUUGAAGCUUCUUCAGAUUAUUCUAGCUUCUCAGCAUUAAAGAAUUGCAGUUUUUUGGGUUCACAUACAAUGAUCCCUAAAGAAACAAAUAGUUACAACCAACAAUUUGAGAUGGGCUCUCAGUAUCUACAAAGUAACUUACUUUCAAAAAGUAUAGAAGAAGAGACCUGUGACUUAGAUAACAGCACCUCAAGAUGCCAAGAAAUGAUCAAAGGUCCAAAAAAUGAAUGGGAAAAAGAUUUAAACAUGAAUAGAAAUAUAAGAAUACACCUAGGUAAAAUUGAAAAUUUUGAUGAGGAAAAUGGAAGCUACCAAGAGACACCAGCUCUUCUACACUCAUCAGUACUAGAUGGAUAUGGUAGAAGAAGUAAUCAAGAAACAUUGGUUGCUUUAAACCCUUCAGUACCAGACAAUUGUCAAUUUUCAAUAUCAGAUGAUAAAAAUGAAACAAACUAUCCAGACAUAUCAAGUUCCCAGAACUUUACAAAACCACAAGAAGAAAAUGAGUCUCAUAAAAACUUCCCACGUAAUCAACUACAGAAUAUCCAAGAAAUUGGCUCCGGAUGGUUUGGACAAGUUCUGGAAGGAGAGGCCCAAAACAUCAUCCCUCCUCAACGAAAAACUAAAGUGGUAGUGAAAAUUCUACGUGAAGAUGCUUCACCAUCUGAACGUGCAUCGUUUUUACAUGAAGUUCGACCAUUCAGAGACCUUAAUCAUCCUAAUAUUGUGCAUCUGUUAAGUCAGUGUCUAGAGACUGAUCCAUUCCUCAUCCUCAUGGAACAUUUCACCAUGGACAUGAAAGCAUUCUUAAUCCAACAUCGACAUGAUUCAGAGCAGCUACAGAAGGAAGGUGGACUUCUGAGCAUGGCCUGUGAUAUUGCAAAUGCUCUACAACACAUGCAUGAACAUGGGUUUAUUUGGAUAGAUGUAGCAACGCGCAACUGUGUCGUUUCUGUUGAUCUAACCGUGAAGAUUGGAGAGUAUGGAACAUCAAUUCAUAAAUAUAAGGAUGACUAUUAUAGCCUCGGAGAUGUCACUCUUCCAGUUCGUUGGUGUGCACCAGAAUCCGUGUUAUGUACUAAAACUACCAUAGAGAUCAAAGAGCUCACAAAGGAAUCAAAUAUCUGGUCAUUUGGUGUUUUGUUAUGGGAAACAGUAGAGUUUGGAAGACAGCCAUACACAAACUUGACAGAUGAAGAAGUCCUACAGAAGGUUAUUAGUCAACAAACAGUUCAGUUAGAGAAGCCCAGGACUUAUUGUAUUCAUGCUGACAAACUGUUCGGAAUUAUGAAACUAUGCUGGAAGUCGGUUUGUGAUCGCCCCAUGAUCCAGAAAGUUGCAGCACUCUUGAAAUACCUCUAUGAAAACAAGGAUGUUCCCUCGGACUCUUCAACAUUUGAAAUUAAGUGGAAUGCUUUGCAGAACAUUUCAAAGGAUCAUAACAUUUCCGUACUUUCUAGUCCAUCCAAGAUUCAUAUGCGGUUUGAAAAUGAUUUUAUUCUGAAUAACAAACACGAAUUGCAGAAAGAAAGAGAAAAAUUGACAGAAAUGGAAUAUUCAUGUGAGGAAAUCUCUCCUUCACAAGAGUCUCUUUCUACAGAGGACAAAAUUGGUUUUAGAAUAAAUUCACAUAUUUCUCAAAGCCUCCAGAACUUGCGAGGAAGUAUAGAUGAUCUAAAUGAAGAUAAACAAUUUCAAAGCAUGGAAAGCUUAGACUGUACAGAGAUUCAAGAAAGGAAAAUUUCAUACCCUGAAUCUCCUGAAAGGAGUUCAUAUAGUAGUAUUACUGCUCAACAGAUUUCUGAUGCCAUUAAAGACUUGGAUAAUAUGUUGGCUAAUGAAGCUUCAUCAUCUGGGGAAACAUCUAAAAGAACUUCUCCUAAGAAAAAUUGGGAAAAUGAAGAUACAUGGAAUUCAGACCCAAAAAUUGAAGGUAAUUCAUCUGUUACAUAUAAUCAGUUUCCUUUUAAAGGUCUUCACGUAAAAGAUAGCUCCAACUGGAAACCAUGUGCUUGGUCAGAGACAUCAAGAAUGAUAUCAGAUAUUGAUUCAGAAAACACCUUUGUUCAAUUUGAAAAGAACUAUGAACUUGUAAGUAAUAAAGAUGAAUUUAAAAACGUUUCAUCUCAGGAAAAGUCUCAAGCUAAGAAUAAGAUAGAGUGUAUGCAGUUGUAUACAGCAGACUUAGAUCAAAGUAAUGAUUGGGUUGGGUUACCUUCUUUAGAAAACAAGUCAGAAUUGGACAAGUAUACUUUUGUUCACCACAGUAACAAGGAAAUACCCAGUGAGGAAUUGGAAGAACAACAAAUAGAGAUUAAAAAACUGUGCUUACCUAUUACAGCUGUUUCACAAAUAACUAAUUAUUCUUUGCCUGAUCAACAAGAAAUUAUGAAUUCUUCAGAUAUAGACUACAAACUUAAGUUCUUUACUCAUACAGAAAAUUACAAUUCACAAUCAUUGUCAAUAAAUGCAAAAGGCCUACUCUCAGGAAGUGCCUGUGAAGAAGAAUUGCUUUCAAAAGCUGCACCAGGCUAUGUAAGUGCUUGUUUUGAUAAUACUAGCUCAUGUAUAAAUGCUUCGAUCACUGUAACAUCACCUAUCUGUAUCCAUCCUGCUUCUGUCUGUACAUCUGCCCCUGCUGGUGGUGGUCUUAUUAGUUCAACCUCCCCUCUAUCUAUUAGAAACUAACAACCUAGUUUCCUCUCCUGAAACUAACUAUGCUUAUUGUGUAUCUGAUUCUGAAGACUAUGAUCUAACACCUUCCUGUGCUGAGUCAAAUCCCCAUCUUGGUUCACCCUGUAAUAACAAUCAAUUAAGGUAUAGUGAUACUGAUACUUUUCUUUUGCUGAAUUCCAGAUACAUCACCAGUAAAUCAAGAGCAUGUCCAGAAGAUGUUGACAAUAACCAUGAAAAUUCUUAUGGUCCUGAAAUUGUACAAUUAAAAGGAACAGUGAAAAAUUUGAUUUCAAGCAAUAUAUCAGAAGAACCUUUAAAUGAUGUUGAUACUAGUACUGCAGUUGAAAAGGUUGAUGAUCUUAUCACAACCAGCAGCAUUUCUGUUGAACCGAGUAAUAUUCCAGUUCAACAUGAUUCCACUGUUCCACAAAACAAUUUUCCUCUUCGUGAUAUAUCAAGUACUAACAACAACCACAUGUAUUUGGACUAUCAGGCUAUUGAAGAAGCUAAUGUUAAUAAAGAGAGUGUUACAAAGCAAUUAGUUUUGUGUACUGGCACAAACAAACCUUGUUGUGUAACAGAUAAAAAUCAUAAAGUUAAUAAGAAAGCUUCCAUUGUUACAGCUAGAAACUGUGAUUAUAAAGAUGAUGGACAAAGUUUGUUACUUGAAAGGGAAGAUGCUGUACUUGACAGUGUUCUUCAAGAGCAUCCUGCAGAUAAUUUAUUUCCAGAUUCAGACUUGAGUGGCAAUGAUAGUGCUUUUCCCAUUAAAGAAGAGAAUAUUGAAGAUGAACAAAAAAACAACACAUCUCUAAUUGAUGGGGAAAUUCAUCAUAUAAGAGGUACCCAUGUCAAGUAUGUUCAGUCCCAAGCUGAAAAAAAUCAAAAUCCCAGUAGCCAAAGUUUCUGUCAUCAGGAAACUUUUAGUAAAGACUCCUGUUGUCAUGAAAUUUCUUUUAACUCAGAAUUAUAUAAGGAUGUUCCUUCUUUACCUAAUAAUUUAUCACCAAAGACGCUACCAACAUUUAAACCCAAAGAAGUAACUUCAGAAUGUUUCUUUGAGAAAGUAGUUCAUUCUUCAGGAGAAUUUAAUUCUAACUGGCAAAGUACUUUUCCCAGUGCAGGUCCUUUAAAAGUCAUGGAUGAAUCAAGUGAUAGGUGCAUAACAUCAGAAAAUAAGAAAAUACUAGAUUUACCUUGUCCCUUUAGCAGUGUUUAUAUGGAUAAACAGGGUGAAAAAGUUGAUUUGGAGAUAUUUUCAAAAUCUGACACUAAUUCUGAAAAAUGGGUAGUUAGGUCAUUUGAACCAGCUGGCUUGAAAGAGAUUACAAAACCAGUUGUUUGUAUGAAUAGUGAAGCAGAUUCUAGCUCACAGGUAAAAUCUUUACCCACUGAAAGUAUUGAACUGGAAGCACAAGAUAAUGAGUACAGACCUGCUAUAGUACCUUGUAAAUUGAUUGACCAGCAGUUUUCAUAUCAAGAUCUUGAUUGUUUAACGGCUGUGAGAGAUGAAGCAUUAGAAGAGCCUGAAGAGAGAUGUGCAAGGAACCUUAAACAAUAUAGAACUCCCAUGCAUGAAUCUUUUGUUGGACUGGCUUCAAGAACAGAUGAAAAUGGUCAUCUUAGUGACCUUACAACAGUACCAUUACAAAAUGAAUGUUUAGAUGAGACACUUACCAGUGAAGAACAAAAUGAGUACAAUAA